AUGACGACCCUCAUGGAUCCGGCCACGCAGGCCCCCCUCCCCGCCGACGCCAUCCAGCGCAUCCUCCACAUCACCAACUCGUCGGUCCAUAUCUACCAGAUCCCCCCUAUGCGCUCGACCAAGGGCCACAUGGCUGCCGACUGGACUGCCGACCCCAAAGCCCACAUCUUCACCGGCCGAGUGCGCAUCAUCGAGACCUCGAUCCCGCCGCAGACGCCCGAGAAGAUGCAAGAGAAGGACACGAUGAAGGUCGACAUUGUGCUCGAGGACCCCGCCACAAACGACCUGAUUGCCGCCGCCCCCUACACCACCCAGGCCGUCGUCGAGGCCACCAUCGACAGCAGCCGCUUCUUUGCCCUGCGUGUGCAGGAUCCCAACAGCGGGAAGAAGGCCAUGUUGGGCAUCGGCUUCGAGGAGCGCAGCGAGGCCUUCGAUUUCGGCGUGGCCCUGCAGGAGGCGCAAAAGUCGCUAGGCCUGAUUGAGGGCGUCGCGCCCCUGAUCAAGUCUACCAAAAAUCAGGAGGCCGAGGAGAAGAAGGAUUAUAGCCUGAAAGAGGGCGAGACUAUUACUGUGAACUUGAGCGGAACCAAGUUCGGGAGGAGAUCGAGACAAGAACGCCCUUUGUCGACAGACUUGGAUAGUGAUUCACACACUCCUCUGUCGGCCUUUUCACUCCCUCCUCCUCCAUCAUCAUCGUCGGCUGGAGGUGGCUUUGGAGGUGGAGCGGCUUUCUUGCCACCGCCGCCUAGCAGUGGACGUGGUGGGCACAGGAGACAACCAUCUGCGCAGGAGUUAGGGUUCGACGAUGGCCCAAACGGCAUGUUUGAAUAA